AUGCUUGGACACCCGCCGGAGACCAAGACAGAGAGCUCCCCGGGGCCAGUCGACGCCCUCACCGGCGUCAGGAUCAUCCAGCUCUCUCCCUAUGGGUUUCGUUGGUUCCACGUAGCGAUUGGCGGGUGGCAUUGCCUCGCGGUGGAUGACAAGGGCCGCGCGUACACCUGGGAGGGGAACGAGUACGGGCACUGCAGCGAGGAGCCUGAGAGGAAGGAGGACGGGACGAGGGCGCUCAAGAGGGACAUCCCGACCCCGCACAAGCUCAAAGUCUGGCAAGUAGCUGCUGGAGGCACACACUCUGUGGUUUUGACAUGGACUUGGGGGCAGCCAUGGCCUCACGGUGAUAUCAAGCAAAUAUCUACACCACUACGUGUGCAAGGCCUUCAGAAAGUGAGGGUGAUUGCUGUAGGCGCAUUCCAUAAUUUGGCACUAACAGAGGAUGGAAUUUUGUGGGCAUGGGGUAAUAAUGAGUAUGGUCAGCUGGGAAUUGGAGAUACCCAACUAAGAUCACAACCUAUCCGUGUUGAGGGGCGAUCUGAUCUCUUACUAGUUGACAUUGCUGCUGGAGGUUGGCAUUCAACUGCACUGACUAACGAGGGAGAGGUAUUACUUGCCAUCUUUUAUAUAUACUGCUUUAUUCUACCAAGCCACCAGAUGACAAAGAUUUAA